UAUAGUACGAGUAGGUCACUUGAAAGUAGAAAAGUGAAUUGUACUUGGUUUAGAAGCAAUGGAACGUUGGGUGAAUCGGGUUGCUGUGGUCACAGGUGCCAGUUCUGGAAUCGGCGCCGCUGUUGCUAAAUAUCUAGCAAAUAACGGAUUGAUUACAGUGGGCCUAGACCUUUGUAAGACGGGUAUUGAAACAUUACGUGAUGAACUAAAUGCUGAGGCACGUGAGCGCAUUCACGCCAUUCAGUGUGAUAUACGAAGCGAGGAGCAAAUAAUAGCCGCUUUCAAGGAGAUCGAGCGAACAUAUGGACCAGUUGCUGUGUUGGUCAACAAUGCGGGCAUCACAAGAUUGACUACAUUACUGGCUGAAGACAGCUCUCAAGAUAUACGUGAUGUCGUCGAUACAAAUAUUAUGGGUGCGAUUUACUGCACCCGGGAGGCCUUUCGCUCGAUGAAGGCAAAUGGUGAAGAUGGGCAUGUUUUCUUGAUUAAUAGCAUAGUGGGUCACAGAGUGCCAAUAUUACCGAAUAGCACACUUAAUAUUUACCCUUCGACAAAACAUGCCAUCACUGCAUUAACAGAAAUGUAUCGCCAAGAAUUUUUGAACCAAAAAACAAAUAUUAAAAUUACUAGCAUCAGUCCGGGUAUUGUGGACACAUCGAUUUAUACCGAAGAAAUCAAGAAAGAGAUGCUGAACUUUUCAAGUCUUAAAAGGCUUAAAGCGAAUGAUAUUGCCGAUGCUUUGGUUUACUGCCUACAGACGCCGCCGCAUGUGCAAAUCCAUGAACUGAUCAUCAAACCUAUGGGUGAAAUGUUAUAAGUAAAACACCCAGGGCAACAUACUUACAUCCAGGAAAAAUAUACUUCAGUACAUUAAAGGGUCAAGUGAAAAUAAAAUUAUUAUAAAAGAAAAGAAAAAAUCGAAAGCAGCAAAUACGGAUCUUAAAGUCACAGUGCUCUUUCUCCUAUAAUGAUAUUAUGUCUACUAGGCCGGGUCGAUUUGUGGGGAGGCAAAAAAAUCGCCCGUUGCUCUGUGAAAAUCAUAUUCUAGGGAUCAAAAUAAGAAACUUUGCCGAAGGAACCAUACCUCUAAAACGAAUUCUGAUGUCCCCCAAUUUGGGUCGAACUUUUAGUGUCUUUUGUGGAGAAGCAAAAAAAUCGCCCAUUGCUCUGUGAAAAUCAUAUUCUAGGGAUCAAAAUAAGAAACUUUGCCGAAAGAACCAUACCUCUAAAACGAAUUCUGAUGUCCCCCAAUUUGGGUCGAACUUUUAGUGUCUUUUGUGGGGAGGCAAAAAAAUCGCCCAUUGCUCUGUGAAAAUCAU